CCAGCAUGCCGCACGCCUUCAAGCCCGGGGACUUGGUGUUCGCCAAAAUGAAGGGCUACCCGCACUGGCCGGCCCGGAUUGAUGACAUUGCUGACGGUGCCGUGAAGCCCCCACCCAACAAGUACCCCAUCUUCUUCUUUGGCACACACGAAACAGCCUUCCUGGGACCCAAGGACCUCUUUCCCUACGACAAAUGUAAAGAUAAAUACGGAAAACCCAACAAGAGAAAAGGCUUCAAUGAGGGACUGUGGGAGAUCCAGAACAAUCCCCACGCCAGCUACAGUGCUCCGCUGCCAGUGAGCUCCUCCGACAGUGAGGCCCCUGAAGCCGACCCGGCCGGUGGCAGUGAAGACGAUGAGGACCGGGGGGUUAUGGCUGUCGCAGCUGUGACUGCGGCAGCCGCCAGCGACAGAAUGGAGAGCGACUCGGACUCCGACAAGAGCAGCGACAACAGUGGCCUGAAGCGGAAGGCAUCAGCCUUGAAGAUGUCAGUCUCAAAGCGAGUUCGAAAGGCCCCCAGUGAUCUGGACCCAGCCAGCGUGUCUCCGUCCGAGGAGGAGAAUUCAGAAAGUUCAUCCGAGUCUGAGAAGACCAGUGACCAGGACUUUACCCCAGAGAAGAAAACUGUGGUGCGGGCACCCAGGCGGGGCCCCCUGGCGGGACGGAAGAAAAAGAAGGCACCUUCAGCCUCCGACUCAGACUCCAAAGCAGAAUCAGAUGGGGCCAAGGGUGAGCCCGUGGCUGUGACCAGGUCAGCAUCGUCGUCGUCGUCCUCCUCCUCUUCCUCCUCAGACUCCGACACGGAUGUGUCUGUAAAGAAGCCUCUGCGGGGCCGGAAGCCAGCUGAGAAGCCACCCCCAAAACCACGUGGGCGGAAGCCGAAGCCCGAGCGACCCCCGAGCACCUCGAGCAGUGACAGUGACAGCGAUGAGGUGGACCGCAUCAGCGAGUGGAAGCGGCGGGACGAGGAGCGGAGGCGGGAGCUGGAGGCCCGGCGGCGCCGAGAGCAGGAGGAGGAGCUGCGGCGGCUGCGGGAGCAGGAGAAGGAAGAGAAAGAGCGGAGGCGGGAGCGGGCCGAGCGUGGUGACGCCCCGCAGGGGGGCAGUGGUGCCAGCAGUGGCGAUGAGCUCAGGGACGAGGAGGAGCCGGUCAAGAAGCGAGGCCGGAAGGGCCGGGGCCGGGGCCCUCAGUCCACUUCUGACUCAGAGCCGGAGGCCGAGCUGGAGAGAGAGGCGAAGAAGUCAGCCAAGAAGUUGCAGUCACAAAGCACAGAGCCGGUGAGGAGACCCAGCCAGAAGGAGAAGAGAGGCCGUCCGGAGGAGAAGCCCCGAGCCAGGCAGGUAAAGGUGGAGCGUACCCGGAAGCGGUCUGAAGGGUUCCAGCCAGACAGGAAGAUGGACAAGAAGAAAGAACCCUCCGUGGAGGAAAAGCUCCAGAAGCUUCACAGUGAAAUCAAGUUUGCCCUGAAGGUUGACAAUCCGGACGUGAAGAGAUGUCUGAAUGCACUAGAGGAGCUGGGGACCCUGCAGGUGACCUCGCAGAUCCUCCAGAAGAACACAGAUGUGGUGGCUACGUUGAAAAAGAUUCGCCGCUACAAGGCCAACAAGGAGGUGAUGGAGAAGGCCGCAGAAGUCUACACCCGACUCAAGUCAAGGGUCCUGGGACCAAAGAUCGAGGCUGUCCAGAAGGCAAACAGAACUGGUGUGGAGAAGGACAAGUCUGAGGCGGGGAAAACUGAGGAGACGCUGGCUGGCGAGGAGGCCCCCGCAGAGAAAGCAGGGGAUGAGGCCAACGCUGAUCUCUCAGCCCCUGUGAAUGGCGAGGCCACCUCCCAGAAGGGGGAGGAGCCGGAGGACAAGGAGCAGGAGGAAGGGCAGACCUCAGAGGAGGGGCCCCGUGGCGGCUCCUCUGAAGACCUCCUGCACAACGACAGUGCAAGGGGGGACGCUGACCUGGAUGGGCCGGGGAGCGACCGGCAGGAGCGCGAGAGGGCGCGCAUGGACUCGGAGUCCCUGGACGAUGAGGACAGCUGAGCCCGGCAAGCAGGCCCUGCCCGCCGCACAGACUUGUAGGCUGCCCGGCUCCUCCCCUCCGCCAGGGGUCAGGGAACUGUUGGAGACGCCUGCUGUCCGUUUGUAUUUGUCCCCCUGGGUUUUCUUCUGCCUAAUUUCUGUGAUUUCCGACCGACAUGAAAUGACUAUAAAGGGUUUUUUUUAUGAAAAAAAAAAUCACUUUUAUUGGCUUGGUUUUCUAGCAUUAGUGGUGCAGCCAGGCCAGAGCUGGGAACUGUCUGCAACGGUCAGGGGCUCUUUCUGGACAAAGGGUUUUCAGUCACAGGGUCACCAUGAACAGUAAGUGUGCACUUAUUUCUAACGGUGCUCCCGGCCCGGCCGGCCCAGCCCUGUAGGCCUGCAGUGCAGGAGGGCGGCGUGGGGGGAGACUUUUCCAAAAGUGAAGAGAAAUAAAAACCUCUGAACAUUGCAGCUCACACAGAGGCAGUGCU